AAAUAAAAGAGCUAAAGAAAAUACAAAAAUUAUAAAAAUUGCGUCGUGAUUUUUUUUCUCGCUCUCUCUCGCUCUCGCACUCCCUAUUCUGACUCGCUUGCUCUCUCAUUAAAGUGGAAAAAUUUCUAAAUGUCUUUGUGUGUGUGUGUUCUAAUUUUUUUUAAUACAUUUAAAAAAAGAAGUCGCCCGCACACACACACACAGAUCACAUAUAUAGAAAGAAUUUGUUAAACAACAACAACAACCGACAAAAAAAUCCAAUUUUUUUGGGCCCGACAACGCCCUGUGCUAAAAGAAAAAAUUUAUACAGUUAUUCGCUAUUAUGCCCGCCCCUUCGCAAAAAAAAAGAAAUAUAUAUGUAUUUAAAUUAUAUGCAUACAAAGUUUACUUUUUUUUUCUUGUUACUGGAAUGAGAAAAAUCAAUAGAAAAUAAGAUAUCGCGCUAUUUGUGCCGCACGACAAAAAAAAUGAAAUUCAAUUUAAAGUAAAGUUGAAACUAAUAUUCAUGGAUUCUCACGGAUUUUUUCAUCUCGGAUUUAGCCAUCAUCCAUCGUCCAUAGGGUCGAAUCGGACGGCGGUCGGACGGACGGAUGGAUGAUAAAACGAAGUAAACUUCUUUUGUUUUUCCCUCUUUUUUUUCGGUGUGUGUUUCUUGUGAUAGAGCGAAAGAAAGGAGGCGAGUGUGCGAGCGAGAGUGGGCUAGAGGACUGAAUAAGUGUGCAAAAGCUGUUAAUUAAUGGAAAAGUUCGUUUCGUUUGCGUUGUCGUGUUUUUCGGUUCGGUUCGUUUAGAGGAUUACAAAAAAAAUUAAUAAUAAUAAAAAAAUAAAGAAAAUGAAAUACAAGAUAUAAUAUGGCCACACACACAUCAUACCGAUUUACUUUUUUAAAGUGUUAAAUUGCUAAAGCAAUUCACAACAAUUAUUUUUUGAAUGUUUUUUUUUUGCGUAAAGUGAAGUGAUGCAUUUAAAAUAAAAUUACAAAAGAAAUUAUAUAAGAAACGGAAAAUAAUUUUUAGUGCUAAAAUCCCUUCUUUAUCAUUAUUUCAGAGCAGUGCAUAUGUGUAAAUAGAAAAGAAUAUCAAGAGAUAAAAUUAUAUAUAUAUAAAUAAUUGAUUCAAUGUGCAAAGAAAAAAGUGCGGCCAAAAAAAAUGCAAUCGCAUUAAGGCAACUGUUGUUGCCCAGUUGCAGCAACAACAGCAACCCGAAAAGCAACUAAAGUAGUUAAACUUAAAAAGAAAUAAAUAAAGGGAAAUUAAAACAAAAAAAUACAAGUGUUAACAUUAAAGCGAUAUUUUUUUGUGGGGCACUUCCGAGAGAAUGUCGCAGUGCAAUAAUGUUGCAACUGUCGGCAGCAGCAACAGCAACAGCAACACGUUAACAACACCUAACAAAUCAAUCAAUUCUGCGGCCAACAACAAGUGUUUAAGCCAAAAGAGUUCGGCAUGAAAUGGAAGCAGCUAUACGCUCCACUUCAGUGCAGGUCGGUGCUCCGCCGCCCACAAACAACAACAACAACAGCACCAGCAACAGCAGCAGCAGCAACAACAACAACACACCCAACAGUGCGCAGCAGCAGCAGCAGCAACAUCAGCAGCAGCAACACCAUCAGCAGCAGCAGCAGCAGCAUCACCAGCAGCAACGUGUUGUUGCCAGCAGCAACCAGCAACAGCAACAGCUGCAGCAGCAACAGCAGCAGCAGCAGCAGCAUGAUAAUGGACCAACGUCCCAUCAUUUGCAUCAAUCAUCUAUCAGCAUCUCUAAUCAGCAGAAUAAAGCAUCGCAACAGCAACAGCAGCAACACCAAAAGCAGCAACAGCAACAGGCUGCCAAUAUGUCCGCUUAUCAGCAACGCCUGCCAUCAAAUGCAGCAUCGCUUCACAGGUCGUACAGGUCCCUCGAGUUGCCGCAGUAUGCCAAGCAGCUACAGCAGCAGCACCAGUCGCACCACCAGCAGCAGCAGCAGCAGGACCAGCGCACCACUCUGCAUCCGCAGAUCCACCAUCACCACCAACAGCAGCAGCAGCAGCAGAUGCAACAGCAGCAACAACAGCAGCAGCAGCAGCAACAGCAGCAAUCCUCGAGAGCGGCGGCCAGUCCUUUGUCACCACCUCGUCCUGGAAAUCCUGGUAGCGGCAACAGCAGUGGCGGUAGCAACAGCAGUAGUGCCGCAGCGGCAGCAGCAGCAGCGGCAGCGGCGGCGGCGGCCGUCAACACCGGUUACCCGCCACCGCCCCCGCAGCAUCGUUUUAUCCAGAACACGGGCUACAGCAUUGGCUCGGCGCCCACCUACCGCGAGAAUCCCUACUCGCGUCACACCCAAAUUCAGCAGCAGCAGCAGCAACAGCAGCAGGCAGCAGUUUCAAUGCCCGAAUAUCAGAGAGCUCGAGCGGCAGCGGUUUCGGCGGGAAAGGGCAGCCAAAGUUCCAACAGCAGCGGUGGAGAAGGAAGAGUGGGAGGAGGUGGAGGAGGAGGAGGAAGUGCCGGUGGAUCAGCUCCACCCGGCGGCGGUGUCGUCCAGGUGUCGCAAUCCGGCGGAGUUCUGGUCAUGGAGGCUAUGCCCCAUUAUGCCAGCCAACCAAAUAGUAAUCCCUCCCAGCAGCAACAGCAGCAGCAGCAGCAACAACAAGGCGGUCCCAGUGCUGCAGGAGCAACAUCUGCUGCUGGCGGCGGCGGUGGCAGCAUAAUGGUCGGAAAUCGCAUCCUGAUGCCCCAUCCACAGGCUCUCCAAUACACCAGUGAGUACCUGACCAAUGCCACAGCGGUGGCCGUUGCUGCGGUCAACCAGCGACAGCAAUUGCAGCUCCAGCAGCAGCAGCAACAGCAACAGCAGCAGCAGCAGCAACAGCAGCAACAGCAGCAGCAGCAGCAACAUCCGCCCGAGCCAUUUGGCGGCCAGCAGCCGUACAAGAAGCAACGGCUGAGCGAUGCCAAUGCCAGCAACAUGAAUCACCUGCCACCUCACCCGCAGCAACAGCAGCAGCAGCAACAUCAGGCACACCAGCAACACCAGCGAUCCUCGCCAGCCCAAGUGCAACAGCAACAGCAGCAGCAGCAGAUGAACAGCAGUCGGCAGAGUCACAAUGACAUGUGCCGACAAGUGGUCACCACGCCAAUGGGCAUGCAACUCAAGGUGGAGACGCUGCCGCAGCAACAGCAGCAACAGAUGCAGCAACAGCAACAUGCCUCACAAUCCCAGAACCGAUCCCAACCAGCGGUAAGCAGCAUGCCCUCUGGAGUGAGUUUGUCUGUUGGCACUGUCACCGUUUCCACGGCGGGAUCGACAGCCAGUCACAGCGGCAGCAGCAAUGUUGCCGCUGGAACGGGCUCGGGAAAUAUGGGAUCUGCCAGCACAGAGGCCUACCAUCCUCAGGUGGAGGCCAUCUCGCCCACGUUGCCCAGCGAUAGUUCGAUCGAGGAACGUGGAAGGACCAGCGCCAAGGAGGACCUGCUUAUGCAGAUCCAAAAGGUGGACAAUGAGAUCAAGUCCGCUGAGACGACGAUGGAAACGCUGCGCAAGAAGGAGAAGUCGCUGAUGGAGGAGGCCGCCGUGGCCAAGGAGCAGAAGGCGGCCAAGGAGAUGAACGACAACAACAACGAUCAGGAGGAGGAGGAGGUGGUGGAGCUGGCCUGGCGCAGUCAAAUGCUGGCCAAAAAGAUCUACGCGGCCAAUCGGAAGACGGCCCAUGCGCAACAUUCCAUGCUGCAGGGUGCAGCAGCCGAGGAAUCCUCUGCGGGAUCCGUAGCCGGCCGACCCUGGCUGCCACUGUAUAACCAGCCCCUCGAUGUGGAGGCCCUGACCCUGCUGAUACGCCAGCAUCAGAGUCAGGUGCGGGCCCCAUUGCUACUGCACAUUCGGAAACUGAAGGCCGAGCGCUGGUUGCACAAUCAGGGUAUGGUCGAGAAGUACACCAAGGAGCAGGCGGAUUGGCAGCGGCGAUGCGAACGAAUGGAGGGCAGUGCGAAGAGAAAAGCACGCGAGGCCAAGAAUCGUGAGUUCUUCGAGAAGGUCUUCACGGAGCUGAGGAAACAGCGCGAGGAUAAGGAGCGCUUCAAUCGCGUUGGCUCGCGUAUUAAAUCCGAAGCGGAUCUGGAGGAGAUCAUGGAUGGACUGCAGGAGCAGGCACUCGAGGAUAAGAAGAUGCGAUCCUAUGCGGUUAUACCGCCUCUGAUGCACGAUGCCCGCCAGAGGCGAUGCGCGUAUCACAACGAAAAUGGACGCAUCGAGGAUAUGGUGGCGGUGCAUCAGCAGCGUAAGGCACUCAACAUGUGGACCGCCGGCGAGAAGGAGACGUUCAAGGAGAAGUAUUUGCAACAUCCGAAGAACUUUGGGGCCAUAGCGGCCAGUUUGGAUCGCAAAUCGCCUCAGGACUGCGUUCGCUACUACUACCUCAGCAAGAAGACCGAGAAUUACAAGCAGCUACUACGGAAAUCCCGCCAGCGGACGCGCAGUUCGCGCAAUCCUGCAAAGGCACCGGCCCCCCAGCCGCAGUGCAUCAUCGAUUCGAUGACGACGGGCGUAAUGACGCGCCUGCAGCGUGAGCAGCAGCAAAAGUCCGGCAAUCGUUCGUCCGCCGUUGCCGAACGUGAACGGGCGGAACGUGCGGCCGAGCGAGAACGUGUGGCGGAGAAAGCUGCGGCGGAUGCGGCCAAAGCGGCUGAAAGUGCCGCCGAGAAGGCGAGUGCGGCCACAAAAGCCGUCGAGGCGACGGCCGCCGGUGAGAAGGUGGCCAAAGCGGCUGCAGCAGCUGCGGCGGCAGCAGCCACAACAGCAACAACAACAACAGGGGCAAGUCCAGCGACAUCAGCAGCGGAUAAGGCGGAAGCAGCAGCAGCAGGCAAGACGGCAAAUGUCAGCGAAAAGAAUGCGGCGACAGCCGGUGGUGGAGCCACAACAGCAGGAACACCGGCAGCAGCAACACCAGCAGCAGCAACAGCACCACCAGAGAUCUCAGCGGGCGGCGGCGAGGCGAAGAGCAAAACCGCCGACGAGGAGGCGGCAGCAACAGCCGGAGCAGCCACCGUGGCCACAGCCGGCACACCGGCAACUGGAGCAAGUGCUGCCAGUGCGGGCGAGGCAACAACGGCAACGGGAGCCACGGCGACGGCGGCCGCAAAGGGAGCUGGCAAACCAGAAACUGCGACCGAGCCAGCGGGAACUGCUGCCAAAGGAGCGGAUUCCCGGGCGGACACCAACGAUCCGCUGGCCAAAACUGGUACCAAAGCUAUCAAUGCUGAGGGCUAUAAUGCCAAUGGUGGAAGCACCACCAGCAAUGCCACAGCCGCCGCUGCAGCGCCACAGGGCGUAACCUUGAAUGGCUUUAAGCCGGGCUACCAGACCGUGGUCAUGGCCAAUGCGAAGGCGACUCCGGGGAGCGAUGAAUCUGCGUCCGGCGGAGCAGCACCUGGAUCUGGAGCAGUGACGAAUGCGGCGGGGACGACGGGUGGCGAUAAGAUCGUCAAGACAACGCCGUCAUCAAGGGCACCCAAUUCAACAUCUUCAACGGCAGCGGGUGAGAGUGGUGCUGGUGUGGCCACUUUCCCACAUACCGCCACCACAGCGGGCAACUAUCUUGGCCAGAAACUGAAGGCAGCCCAGGUCGAGGGAUUGGGAGCUGGCAAUGAUCUCCACUCGGAUGUUAGUGAAUCCAAGAGGAAGCGCUUCGAACUGAAUUCUGGUGAGGCGACAGGUAAUGCAACAUCGGCCAACAACAAUAGCAACACCAGCGGCAAUAGCAACAUCAACAUCAACAUCAGCAACAGCCACAACAUGAAGGCGAAUGCCAAGGAUAAUUCGAUGGCCAAGACAUCGCUGCCAUCGGGUUCGUCAGCUUCGGUGGUCACAUCCACGGCGGCAGCGUCCGCAUCAUCAUCAUCAUCCGGCUCCAUGCUGCUGAUCAGUGCCGCCUCCAUUAUGUCCACCGCAUCGGGAGCCACAUCCUCGAGCACGGCGACCACCACGGCAACGGCUCCGGCUUCGGCGAUCUCUAUGUCCCAACUGGCGGACGGGAGUGCCAACUCGAUGGUCAACGCCUCCGACAUCCUCGUCCACGAUGGCAAAGAUAAACUGGCCAGCUGCUUUGUGUGCAAGGCGGAGGCGUGUCCACGGACCCGGCCUCUAAAGAAGGGGCGUGGCCAGCAGUACGGCAUUCCCGACGAGACGAUUCCGGCGGGGGCGCGUGUCUGCAAUAGCUGUCAAUGCAAAUCGGUGCGCAGCCGGUAUCCCAACUGUCCGCUGCCCACAUGUCCGAAUCCCAAGGAUCGGGCCCAGCGCCUGCGGAACAUUCCCUCCCGACUCUUCGAAUUGGCGCCGGAGGUGCGCGAUCCGGUGAUGGCCGAAUUCCAAAUACCGCCGCAUGCCACACGUUGCUGUUCGGCCUGCCUAAUGCGCAUCCGCCGCAAGCUGGAUCCGCAGCUGAAUCUCACGGACGGCUCCAGUGGCGGAGCGGGCAGCGGCAGUGGCGGCGACGAGACGGAUGUCAGCACCUCGUCGUGCGAUGAACGGGAGCCGGGUGGCUCGGAUACGGCAUCCGUGGAGAGUCCGGAGAAUCUGCAGCGGCACAAGUCCCUCACGCUGGUCAAGCAGCAGCAGCAACAACAGCAGCAGCAGCACCAACAGCAACUACAACUGCAUCAGCAACUGCAUCAGCAACAGCAGCAGCAGCAACAGCAGCACCAGCAGCAGCAGCAAUCAACGGGUCAGCUAUCGCAGCCCCAGCCACCGCCAGCUCCGCAACAGAAACCAUCGACUCCGCGAGGAGACAACACGCCACUGAUUAUCACACCCACCCGGAUGAGCAGCAAGGCGGGAUCGGCGGGAGUGGCACAGCCGCAGGCUGGUGACAAUGAUCGCCUGCUGCCUCCCGCCGCUGGACAAGCACCGAAGAAGCAGAAGACCAGCGAGGAGUAUGAUUCCUCGGCCACGGAAACGGCGGAUGAGGAGAACGAGAACUCGCCGGCCAAUCGCCAGAGUCCCAAGGUCCUGUUCCAUGGCCAUGGACAUGGGCAUGUGGGUCAUGCCAAUAAUGUGUCGGGUCUGCAGCCGCCGGUGGCCAAUAUGGUGGCGGGUGGUGGUGCUAGUGGAGUUGGAGGACCAGGAGGAGCACUACCCGGUCAGCAGGUCAACGGACCGAUUAGUAUGCGACGCGAGGCAGUCAACAAUGUCCAGGAUUGUGUGUUCUCGGUGAUUGAGCGUUCGCUGAAGAACAAGGGGGCGCAACUCAAAGGAGGCCAGGGUCAGCAGCAGGGUCAGGGACAGAAUCAGGGGCAGACCCAAGGACAAAGCCAAUCCCCAUCCCAACAACAACAGCAACAGCAGCAGCAACAACAACAACAACAACAACAACAGCAAUCCGCUAAUAAUCUGGAGCGCAAAGAGCUGACUAUUGUGAGAGAAUAUCGCCAGGAUCCGGGCAUUCUCAAGCAGCAGUCGGUCGGACAACAACAGCAGGGAGCACCGCCAUCCUCAGGAGCUGGCAGCUUGCCGCAUGGCACCUCCGUGCAGAAGCUACCAUCCCGGUCAUCUGUGGUGCCCCAACCGCCGCAGGCUCACCCAAUGCCACCCACCAGCUCAGGAAACACCGGCGGCAGUGGGAGCAACAAUGGAACUAGCGAUAGUCUGGCCACCUUGUCGGUGGUUAACUCUCACUUGGGCGUGGGCGUUGGUGUGGGCGUGGUGCCACUUGGCCAUCCCGGACUGAUGGCCCAUGCUGCAUCCGCUGGAGGAGUUGGUGUGGACAAGGCCACCAUUACACCAGUUGUGAAGAGCUCGAGCGGCUCGUCGAAGAGUGGUGGCGCGUCCACUCACUCAACGCCCACGCCGCCGGAGACCAUAAUCUACAAUGUGCCAGCGGCGCAUCCGCAACGCGGAAUUGCACCGCCGCCGCAGCAUUCGGUGCAUCCUGUCCAUCCGUCGCACGCCCAGCAUCCGGCCCAUCCGCAGCACCCGUCCCAUGGCCAGCAUCCGCAGCACUCGCAGCUGCAGGUUCCGGAACCCGAACCGCAGACCCUGGAUCUGAGCAUCAAGAAGACACCGCGCGAUGGCCAUUCGCCGCACACCGGCGGAGCCGGCGGAUCGGGUGGAUCGGGGGGAUCUGUUGGACCCUCGUCCUCGGAUCGUCACCAUAUCCCACAGCCACCGAGCAUGUCGAUGAAGCACAUGGUUCGCUCCACGAGCAUGUAUCGUGGCGAUACCGUGACCGUGCCUUCGCUGGCAGUGCCCAACUCGUAUCUGUAUCCCACGACGACGCACGGCGUCCUCAAGACGACCGGUGGCGUGGGCGUGGUGCCCGGCGUGCUGCCUGGCGUUCCUGGCGGUCCCCUUUAUCUGCAACCAGUCCCAGUGCCCGUGCCCAUUUCCAUCUCCGGGCAGGGACAGUUGCCGCCGAGAGCUGGACAACCGCCGCCAGCGCAGCCGCCAUCCGGCAGAGGAGUGGCCAAGGCGCCGCCCAAGCUGAGUCCCCAACAGGCCCAUCACCUGCAUCCCAGCCACGGACACUCGCCGUCGCAGCAACAGCAACAGCAGCAGCAACAACUGCAGCAGCAGCAACAGGCGUCCGCCCAGCAGCAAUUGCUGGUGAAGAGCGGCUCCAUCACACAUGGAACGCCGGCGAACAGUGCCCAACAGCAGAUAAUCGUGCAUGCAGCAGCGGCGGCCGCAGCUGCGGCUGCCUCAUCCUCCUCGCUCCUGAGUCCCAAGUUCGAGGGCCUGGUCAGGCAGACGACGCCCGAGGGUGUCGGUUCGGGAGCCGGCGGACCGGGCGGACCCGGUGGCAGUGGCAAGCACGGAUCGAUAACGCAGGGCACACCGCUGCACCUGCCGCCGCAUCAUUUGGAGAGCAAGCGGGCCUACGAGUUCUACAAGAGCUCCCAGCGGCACAGUCCCGCCCAGCAGCCGGGUGGCAAUCAGCAGUUGCCCCCGCCGCCCCAGCAAUCCUCACCCCAGGCGCCACCGCCCCAGGGUUAUGGCGUGGGCGUUGGUGUGGGUGUGGGCGUGGGCGUGGGCUCACCGUACGCCCGAUCCUCCUUUGGCGGUGUGGUGGAACAGACGCCGGUGCUGAGUACACGCCAGAUAGUGAUGCACGACUACAUCACCUCGCAGCAAAUGCAGGGGCAGCAGCAACAGCAGCAGCAGCAGCAACAGCGCAACAUGUCCCGCGGCAGCAGUGCCAGUGGCGGCGGCGGAGGAGGUGGCUCGGACAAGGAGUCACCAUCGCCGCGGAACAGUGUGGGCAGUGCCGGUGGAUUCGCCUACGGCGGGGAUAAGGAUCCGGCGCCCAGAGGUCGACAGGACUACUCCAGUCGCGCAUCGCCAGCGGAUCAUGCCAACAGCACCCCAAGUCCGCAUCGCACGCCGCCACCUCAGCGCCAGGGAGUAAUCCAGCGGCAUAACACUGGCUCCAAGCCACCAUCCCCGGCAGCUCCGCCACCGAGUCGGAUGCACAUAGCGCCACCGUAUCAAUAUGCACCAGCUGGUCACGAUGCCCUGGCCUCGUUUGUGGACGUGGCCGUGCAGCAGCCGCAGCUGCCGGUGCCCUCGCAGAAGGAUGACAAGUCGCCCGGUGCUGGACCGCCGCCGGGACAAGUACCCGGACCCGGAUCCGGACCACCACUUGGCCCCUCGUCCCUGCCGCCGCACGCUGUCGUGGGCGUGGCCCAGCCACCGCCGCCGACCGCUCACCACGAUCAGCGGUAUCGCGACAUGGCCCUGCACCACCAUCAUAACAUGGUGCAGCAGCAGUUGGUGCAGCAACAGCAUUACCGCAGCCUCAAUGUGGCGGCCCAGGUGGAUAUGCAGCGGCACAUGGAUCAGCAGAAGCGCGUGAUGCGGCAUCAGCAUCAGCAACAUCAGCAGCAGCAUCAGGCCCAGCAGCAGCACAACCUCGAGCGGGAUAGGGAGAUACUGCGCGAACGGGAUCGGGAGCGCGAGAGGGAACGCGAGCGAGAGCGUGAGCGGGAGCGGGAUCGGGAUCGUGAGCAGCGGGAACGGGAACGAGAAAGGGAGCGAGAGCGCGAGCGGGAACGGGAACGCCGCGAACAGGACCGUGAGCGGCGGGUGGUGGUCGAGGAACGGGAGCGGGACAAUCGACGCAUGGAGCGCAUGUUCGCCGGCGGUGUGGUCACCGCGGCAGGCGGCGCUGGUGGCGGCGGCCCUUCUCCCAGCCACUUUUUACGAACUCCGGUGCCAGAGACUGGUCCACCACGCUCGAUUCCAGAUCGCGAACGAGACCCGUACUAUCGUCCGGCACAUGGUGGCCCCGCGCCAGAGGAUGCGCCCGGACAACUGAGUGCCCAGAGUCUGAUCGAUGCCAUCAUCAAGCAUGAGAUCAGCCGCACCAACGAAUCCACCGCAGGUCCGGGUCGCGAGUUUCCGCGUCCGACCUUCGGCCACGCCCCGCCGCCGCCACGCGGAUCGGGAUCUGGGGGCGGUGGCGGCACCCGAUCCUCGCCAGCCAACGCGCUCCAUCCGAUGUACCUGCGCGACCAUCGCCAGCCGCACGAGGGUGGAGCGGUGUCGCUGCUUACGGUGGAGAACAAUGGCAAGCCCAGCUCGUCGGGUUCGCCCAGUGUGAUUAACAUUGAUUUGGAUCAGGAGCGGAUUUCGGCGGCAGCCGCUGUAGUUGCCCAACAGCAACAACAACAGCAGCAGCAACAGCAGCAAGCUCCGCCGCCCUCAUCCCAGUCGUCGCAGUCGAGAUCGGUGCAUGGUCAGCUGAGAACUCCAACCUCCCAGGCUGGCGGAUCAGCUCCCAGUCCCCAGCAGACUCACACCAAGAGCAUUACCUUUGGGGAACUAACUGACUCGAUAAUUACGAAUGAUUACGGUACGAAUCCCCAUCUGCGGCCCAGCGCACCCUUCAUGGCCUAUCUGCAGGAGGCGCAGUCCAUCUUGCCCCCGGAUCGCUGGAAGCAGAAUCGUCGACUGCAGCAGAAGGCCGAGGAGGCCAAGCAGCACCAUUCGCAGCAGCAACACCAGCAACAACACCAGCAGCAACAGCAACAACACCACGCCCAGCAACAGCAGCAACACCACGCCCAGCAGCAACAGCAGCAGCAGCAUCAUCCACAGAUGCCGGGCAGUGGCUCCGGCUCAGCUCCGGGUGUUGCUGGCCAGGGCGGCGCACCAGGCGGCCCCGGAGGCGGAGGCAGUGGCGGCGGCAGGGCCAACACCCCCGGCGAGGAUGGACGCAACAUAAUCCGUAUGCCGCAGGCGGUCAGUCCGCGCAAGUUCACCCACGAGAUGAUGCUGCACCAGGUGAUGGGAGCGGCGGCGGCGGGUGGUGAGCCGGGACAUUACUUCUUGCCAGCACCGGUGGGUCGCGUGGGUGUGACUUUGACGCCGGAACAGAGAGGAGCGCAUGGCGGAGGCAGUGGAGCUCCUGGCGCAGGUGGACCCGGAUCCGGAGGCGGUGCCACCACCAUUGACAACUAUGUAAAGAACCGCAUCGCCGAGGUGAUGCGCGAUGACAUCAGCUAUGUAAAGAACCGUACGGUGGAGGUGCGAUCGGAUGAUGAGGUGGCCGCCGAUCUGGUGGCCGCCCAUUCGCACGCCGCCGUGCAUGCCGCCCACGUGGCACACGUGGCCCAUGUCGCCGCCGCCUUGGAGCUGCAACACAGGAGCAAGGAGCCGCCGCCGCCGGAGAUCAGUGUGUCCCGCAAGACGCCCAACCAGUACGAGGUGGUGGAUUCCAGUGGACGGCGCUCGGCGGGCAGUGGCUCCGUUUCGGUGUCCGUCUCGGGGGCCAACAGUCACCACUCGCCGUAUCACCCACCGCCGGCGGCCUAUGCCCCCAGCACCUACGCCUUCCCCUAUAGCGCUCUGAACGUGCCCAGUGCCGCCGGUGGAUUGCCGCCGCCACAGCCGCUGCAGCUGGCCGCCCACCAGGCUGUGGCACCGCCCGGCCACCUGAGUGCCAAGGCCAAGGUGGCGCACGCCCUCAGCGAACUGGGAGGAGGCGUUGCCGGGGUGUCCAUGGUGGUCGGUGGCGGCGCAGUCGGAAUCGGUGGCGGACCUGGUGGUGUGCCGGGCGGAGGCGGUGGACCGGGUGGCGGCGGACCGGGAGGCGGUGGCGGCGGCGGUGGACACAACAGCGGUGUAUCGGCAGCAGCGGCUGCUGUGGCCGCUGCAGCUGCGGCCGCGGCGGCGGCCAGUGAACCGAAGCCACUGCUGUCGUCCAAGUACGACGCCCUCAGCGACGAAGAUUAGUUGUGACUGCCGGCGUCGUCCUCGGCGUCGGCGUCGCACCUGCGGCCAGCAGCAAUAGCAGUAGCAGCAACUCUACCGCCCGGCAGCAGCACGAGCGUGGUCUACGGCUAUCCUGGCUACCGGCGACACUCCCAGCAUCAACAGCAGCCACCACAUCCGCAUCUUGUCCAGCAGCAACAGUCGCCGCAUCGCCAGCAGCAGCUCUACCAGACCACGGUGCUGCCCCCUCCGUUGCAAUCCCAGCAGCAACUCCAGCAACAACAGCAGCAACUUCACCAGCAGCAGCAGCAGCAGAGGAGCCUCUACUAUGCCAGUGAGCAUUAUCCGGGAGGCAACGGGGGCAGUUCUGCCGGCGGCAAUCCGGGCUACUACUGACAGCAACACUAAUUGCAGCAGCAGCUGCAACAUCAGCAACAGCAACACUUAUUGCAGCAGCGUAUGUAGGUUAUCCCACUAAGCACACGCGAUUGAAACACCAAGUUGUUGGACAACAAGUCAAUAUAAGCAAACAAAAAAUGUCAAAGAAACAAAAACGAAAAAAAGGCUUUAACAGAAACCAACAUAAAAAGAGGAGGCGAAACCAGCAGGAAAUCGAAAGAGAGGAGAUAAUGUGAGACGGCAGGCAGACUUGACAACAACUAGUUACAGACAGUUGUGUUCAAUAAGAGCUUUUAAUACAUUUUCAAAAACAGUGCAAUUAAACUGAUGUGUCUGCAAGCGAUAGCAGAUUUAUUUAGAAAUGUUUCCUUUUAAACUAUGUCAAAGAAAUUAUUAUAAAAAAGAAUUUGGAAUUGUAAAUAAUGUAAGCGAAAGCUGAAUAAUAAGAUAAUUAACUCA